CGGCCUAAAAUUUUCAUUAAUCUUAUAGGUAUUCGAUAUUGUGCUCAAAAUUCAAAUUUUGCUGCGGGAAUUGAUGGCUGAAGAAGAUGAUGAUUAUAUGGGAGACCUCUCCCAAUUCGUGCCACCAGAGGUUUCUCAAUCUUCCUCAAAAAAGGUUCCUAGCAGUAAUAAUGCUGUAGUGUCAAAAUCUUCUUCAAGCAAGAAAUCGAAAUAUCACAACUGGCAGGAGCAGAGGAAGCUCGACCGGAAAAGGAAGCAAGUCGAAGAGGAUAAACUGACAUUAGAAAAUGCAGGUUCUGCAAUACCACAGUCUAAUAUCGGUUUCAAGCUGUUGAAACAAAUGGGCUACAGGCCUGGCUCUGCAGUGGGCAAGGAAGGUUCUGGGAGGGCCGAGCCGGUUUCUCUGGAGAUCAGAAGGGGCCGGGCUGGAAUUGGCACAGAAGAUCCGGAGGUAGCGAAGAUGAGGAGAGAGAGGGCAAAAUAUGAGAUGGAUAAGAGGAAAGAGAGUGAGUUGAUGGAGGUUUUCGGGAGUCACCAGAAGGAGCGGUGGAAGGGAAGGACAGUCGUGAUGAACUUCCGAAAGGCUGAUGCUGCUCUGGCGCAGCUCGAGAAUAGGGAGGUUGAGGUGGAGAAGAAGGAAGAAGAAGAUGCAGAAAAGGAAGGCGAAGAAGAGGAGGAAGAAGAAAUUACAGAAGAGGAUUUGCUAAACAUUUUGUUGAAGCUACGAAACGAGUUCAGAUACUGUCUCUUCUGUGGAUGCCAGUACGAGUCCAUGGAGGCCCUCGAAUCAAACUGCCCCGGGAUUAAUGAAGACGACCACUAGAUUUUAAUGAAGACGAUCCAACAGUUCAGAGUUGGUAUAUACACCGAAUUCUUAUAAUCUUACAGCCCUUGUAAUGCUGGACAGGUCACAGGAUGAUGAAUCUUAGAUAUGUAUUACUACUCUAGAAGAUCCAUCGAAUUCUAUUGUCAUGUGAGAUCAGUUCUGAAAUUACUAGAUAUAUUGAUCUCUAUUGUAUCAAAAAGUUUGCUGUUUGUAUUACCAUUUUUUGUUGCAAAAAUGCUUCAUUGUCAGUUAUCACUA